AUGGCAGCACAAAACGGACACCUAGAUGUCGUCAAGUUCUUAUUCGAAAAGAAAGCAGACAUCAUGGUUGCAAGCAAGGACGGAUGGACACCAGUCCAUAGUGCAGGGUUAGGAGGUCAUUUAGAUAUUGUGAAGUUCUUAUUCGAAAACAAAGCGGACAUCACGGUCGCGAACGAUAACGGGGCGACACAGUUCUAUUCUGCUUCAACCCACGGACACAUGCAACUCGUUAAGCUGCUUCUCGCGAAGGCUGCCGACCUGACUACCGUGGACAAUGACGGAUGGAGUCCGCUUAAUACUGCUUCACCCAACGGCCGUAUCCAGUUAGUUGAGCUAUAUGUUAACAAGGGCGCCAACGGGACAGUUGCCCAUGGGUACAUGCGAUAUCAACGCCCGCGACGUCAAUGGUCUACUGCCCUUUAUCGAGAAGGGUGCGGAUGCUUCGAUAUCCGAUCUAUACGGUGCUACAUAUAUUAA